AUGUCACGAAACUAUCGCGGUAGUUCCAGCUCCAGCUACCAUACGAAUAGAGGUGGGGAUAGAGAACGAGAUCAUGAGUAUGAUGGAUUCAAGUCAGAAAAUAAUAGAUAUUAUGAUGGGAAAUAUAGAAAUUAUUAUCACUGGGAUGAAAGGAGAUCUGGAACUAGUAACCAGUGUAGAGAUCGUUCCCCCUCAACCCACGAUAGAAGGCACCAUGAUGAUAGGUCCCGCAGGGAAAGGUAUUACCCGUACGUACGGGAUAGGGAUGCGUAUAUAAAUAAAAACAGGGAUAGAGAUAAGGAUAGAGAUCGAAGUAUACAUGAGAGGGAUAGAUAUCGAUCAGGUUCUCUAUAUAGAGGAAUCUCCAGGGAAAGAUACGGCAAGCAUCAUUCAUCAAAUAAAGACAGGAAUGAUUACUACAAAAGUGAUAGAUAUAUUGAUAAAGAUGAUCAUUAUAAAAGAGAUCGUGAUAAUAAUAGGAAUAGGGAUAAAUAUUGCAAUGAUGAUUUUGACAUGCCUAUGGGUUCAAAGGAAGAUCAAAAGCGUAAUAAAAGAUACGAUAAUGAACAUUAUGAUAAAGCAUCUACUCCUAUAGAAGAAUUGGGGAAAGAUAAUUUUGUUGCAAAGGAUGUUAUCUUAUACACCCCCCCUCUACCAACAACCGAUCCUCACUUUCCUGAUGCAUACGAAGCAACUGAAAAUGUAAUUCAAGGUUCAGGAUAUGAAAGUAAACCAAUAGAUGAUCAUCCUACGGAUCCAUAUUACAAAGAUUACGCUACAGCACUACUAGCUGGCACUAGUAUUAAGACAGGCAUGUACCUAGGUUCGAGCCAGAAAUUGUUAUUCAAAAAGCCGCAAAUUGAAGCCCUAAAAUCUACUCCAUCAAAUACUAACACUAUUGUUAGUGUUAAAUCAUCCAUGACUGCCGAUAACAAUAUACCUUUGAUAGAUCCUAGAAAUAAAAAUGUCACUAUUGGUAAAAGAGUUGUAUCACUGUUCGAUUGUGUCAGAUUACCAUUGUCUCACCGCGCUGUAACGACCCUAGAUUCACCAAUUGUUGAUUUUUAUAUUAGCGGAAUUGAUAUAUGUAAUAUGAUGUACGAUCACAAAUUUGUAGUGUCUCCACUGGAAAAGUUAAAUCGCAUACUCUAUCGAAAAAUUCCAUCAGUGAAAACAGAGAAAUGGGUGAGUGGUUGUAAAACGAUUCUAGUUAUGGGCAUACCUCGCCAUCUAACAUCCCAAGAAGCGUUACAACUGCUUGUAGAAGUUUAUCACAAAUCUCUAGUUUACGACGGUCGUAACAUAAUAUACGACGAUGAUUGGCUGAGUGAUGAGGAAAUAAAAUCCUCUACUAAUCCUUCAAGAGUAAUUAUCAAGAGAAGAUGUAAUAAAAACUUACUAUUGUUCUGUGGGAUUGCUGAAUUUCACUUGCUGUUUGGAGAUUCUAACAGGGCAAAAAAUUCUCUUGAUACACAUUAUCCUCAAUCCACAUGGAGGAGCACUGCCACUUCUUAUGAUGGAACGACUAUUAAGAUACCAGAUGCCCCAAAUGCAAUGGCACUGGUUGUAUUCUAUAGCGAGAGCAAAGCCAAGGAUUUUUGGAUGACUAUAAACAGCAGUGCUGUUCAUGUACAUUCCUGUAUCAUACAAUGCCUACCAGAUCCCAUGGGAUUGCGUAUUUUUGCUGAAGCAUUAUCCUCCUCAUUUAACCCAGACCUUCUCAUACAAAAGAAAUCCAACACCAAAUUGGCGCAGCCCUUAUUGCAACAAUAUAACAUCAAAAAGGAGCCAAGCGGCCGUAACAAUUUAAGGGUCAAAACAGAACCAAAUGAGCCAACUCCAAAUAGAUUUAUUCCAUUACAACACAUUAACCCAUCUAUUUAUUGCUGGAAAUUAAAUGAACCAAAUUGUGUUACGAGCGACUGCGAUAUUAUCGUCGAAGAUUCCAAUUGCAGAAAUAUUCGCCCCAAUUGUAUCAAAAAUGAAUCUGAAUCUAUUGAAAAUUCUGGCGAUAGCAAAAUGAUAUCGGCGAAUAUUAAGAUUGAUGCUGAUUUGAAAUCUGAUACUUGCAUUUCUAGUACCACUAGUGCCAAAGUUGAUACAGUCAACGUUAAGACUGAGAGUGAAGAUCCAAUGUACAACACAACAGAGCGAUUAGACAGUGGUAACGAUAUAAGAAGCCACCAAAACAGCAGCAAUAUAACAUUCAUCGCACCAAUCAUAAAUACAGACAUAUGUACUGCGGAUGAGCUGUCUGGUGUGCUGAGGGAUGUAGGAUUUAGGGCAGAUGUAAUGGGUGAUAUUGCUACAUUCAGCUGUAUUAACGAAAAUAUCAUGCAAAUUCAUUGUGUUCAUAGCCGCGUAUUUUACACCCCUGAUGACAAUCGCAUAUUAUGCUUAUUUAUUAAAUUCAACGACUCAAUAAUUCCUCUCAUUCAAAAUCAGUGUGUAAUCAAGUUUAACAACUUUCGUCAUUCUAGUACAUUUUAA